CUAAUUUUGUACAUUGUCCAAGAGAUGAUCUAAUAAUACUAAUUGCUAGAAUGCUUAAUUCAUUAAUAUCCAUCAAUGACAAGUUCAGUGAUGAUUCAAAUCUGUCGUCAGCAAACCUAACAAGAUUCCAUUCAAGAACACCACCAGGCAUUUCAGUUUAUAGUUAUCUUGCAAGAUUGGCACGUUAUUCAUCGUUAGAAAAUGCUGUUUUAUUAACAGCUGUUUAUUACAUUGAUCUACUAUCCACGGUCUAUACAUCAUUUACUUUAAAUUCAUUAACGGUGCAUAGAUUCUUAUUAACUGCUACAACUGUGGGUUCCAAAGGGUUAUGUGAUUCAUUUUGUACAAAUAGUCAUUAUGCUAAAGUUGGAGGUAUCCAAGCUAAUGAACUGGAUAUAUUAGAGAGAGAAUUUUUAGCAAAAGUGAAUUAUAGAAUACUUCCAAGGGAUUUUAAUAUUGAGAACUGUGCAAAUGAUACUAAUGUUGUUCGUGCAUCUGAAAGAAAGAAAUCUAUAGAUCAAUUAGAGGAUGGGAUAAGGGUUGAUCAAACAUCACAACAGCAGGAUCAGUUGAAUAAAGCCAAUAAUAAAGAAAACUUUGAUGAUAAGAAUGCCGGUUAUAAUGUACUGGAUUUGUAUUAUAGGAAAAUGAUUGCCCUUGUGGGGAAAGAGGUUGGAGUUGAUGAUAAACAAUUACCAGAAACUUUUGAAUAUAGAAUCAAAAUCAGUGAUACAAAAAGCACAGAUACUGGAGAAGAAGAAGAUGAUGAUGAUGAAGAAGUUGAACAAUAUGAAACCAAAAACUUGAUAAAGACAGAUCCGGACACACUACCAGAUGAAAUUUAUUACAAGAUGAUUUCUAAUUUGAUGAAUGCCUAUAGGGAGCAUAUUUGGAGCAUUAGAAGGAAGCAGCAUCCUGGAGUUAAACAAUGUAAAGAAAGUACUGGUAAUGAAUCACAAAAGGAUAAAAACAGUAAUAAUAACAGCAUAAUACCUAAAUCCCCAAUGAAAAGACCAAUUGACCAUGAUCCACUGGCUGUGCCCAAGGGGAAAAGGAGUAGCACAACUAACAGUUGAUGGAUAUGUAUAUGAAUAUUACAACACAGAAUUUUGCAUUAGAAUUUGGAACUUGUAGUUGUACUUAUUACUUAUUAUAAUGACUCAGCUUCGUUAUCUAAAUUACCUAAUCACGGUAAUCGAAGGCAGGCACCGGAGCACUACGAGUUUGACACUAAUUAUAAAACCGAGCUUUGGACACAUAAAAUGUGGCUAAUGCAAGUUGAAAACGAUAUCUAUGGCCUUCUGGGGGUCCUUUACAUCCUACAUAUUGCCUUGACAUUCAAUUGAUGAUUUGUUAUUGGAAU